AAAUUUCCUAUUCCCUCCCUCAAACUCCGCAAACAUAAACACCAAACCCGUUUAUUUCUACUCUGUAUUACUGUGGCAGUCUAGUGAACUCCGGCCGGAAUCAUGGAUACCAGGUGGUCGGAGAAGACCCUCGCCAACGGCGUUACGCUGCCGGAAAGCCCAAGAGAGCCCAUGGAGUUCCUGUCUAGAUCAUGGAGCGCCUCCGCUCUGCAGCUUUGCAAGGCCUUAGCUCCGCCUUCCAACCCGCCGUCUCUGCCUCCCAAGGCCAGCGCCGCCGGCUGCGGCGGCAACCCCAUACCGGAAACCACCGCCGACGCCGAGACCGAGGCGGCGAAGCUCUCCGGAAACACAUUCUCCUUCGGGUCCUCUGCAACUUCUCAGCUCGUUCUUGAACGCAUCAUGUCACAGUCGAUGCAUAAUGGGCAAGAAAUAUCGCCAUUAACGUCGGGAAGGCUGUCCCAUAGCAGCGGACCGCUCAACGGUUCUCUUACAGAGGAAACCGAUAGCCCUCCCAUCUCCCCCUCCGAGGAGUUUGAAGAUGUCAUUAAGUACUUGAGAGCAAACAACACCCUCCAGCCACUGUUCACGAACAUGAAGAGCGGCAAUAGCAGCGGCGCCAACACGCCGAGCGGGAAUGCCGUGAGGAAGUGGCUGAAGGAGAGGAAGGACAAGAAGAAAGAAGAGACGAGAGCGCGGAACGCGCAGGUGCACGCGGCGGUUUCGGUGGCCGGACUUGCCGCUUCGGUGGCCGCAGUUGCCGCCACCACGGCGGCGGCGUCCUCCACCGGGAAGGAUGAGGUGACCGCCAAGACAGACAUGGCCGUGGCCUCGGCCGCGAUGCUGGUGGCGGCGCAAUGCGUGGAGGCUGCUGAGGCCAUGGGCGCUGAACGUGAACGCCUCAUGUCGUCUAUUAGCUCCGCUAUAAACGUGCGCUCCCAUGAGGAUAUAUCAACUCUCACCGCUGCCGCUGCUACAGCUCUUCGUGGAGCGGCUACUCUGAAGGCAAGGGCAUUGAAGGAAGUUUGGAACAUCUCGACGGUUAAUUCACUAGAGAAGGGGCAUGUAAUUGGCGCAGGUAGCAACAACAAUAAUUACAAUGGUGGCAGCUUCUAUGAGGGGCUUGAGGUUGAAGAGAAUUUCUUGGGCGUGUGUAACCAAGAAUUACUGGCCCGGGGUCGUGAGCUUCUCAAGCGAACACGCAACGGUGAUCUUCAUUGGAAGAUUGUGUCUGUUUAUAUUCACUAUGGUGGGAAGGUAAUCUUGAAGAUGAAAAGCAAGUACGUUGGGAAUACCAUCACCAAGAAGAAGGAAAACGUUGUGUUGGACGUGUGCAAGGACAUUCCGGCAUGGCCGGGGAGGCACCUGUUUGAGGACGGAGAGCAGCGCAAGUACUUCGGGCUGAGGACAGAGGUGCGUGGACUGGUUGAGUUUGAAUGCAAGAACCAGAAGGAAUACGAGCUGUGGACGCAAGGCGUGUCAAGGCUUCUCUCUAUUGCGGCAGAAAGAAGAAGGAGAUUCCGUCGAUGAAUGGACAAGAAAAACACUAUAAAUGGGGAAGCUAGGAAGAUGAAGUUUAGUGAAUAGAUGCUUGUGUAAUGCAUUUGAAACUAUUCUAACCAUUCGAAGUUGGGUGAUCUUUGCAAUCCAAAAAAUUUCAAUA